UGAAGGUUUACAAUUAUUUGGGUUCUAUAGGUUUUAGAUAUUUUAAGAGUAGAAAUUAUAAAAUACUCAAAAAUUAGGUACUUAAAUAUUAAAAAAAUCAGUCUUAAUUUUUCACAUAGAACAAAUUAUACUCAUUGCAGUACUGGAACGAACAAAAUCAUGGAUUCAAGUAUUUCUUCAGAACUCUAGGGUCGCUUAAUCUCUUCGGCUGCUGAUCAAAGAGCUCAGGACAGUUAAACAAGGGAGACUGUUGGUAGCCCAAAUACUAGCUUAAAGCCAACAAAAAUAGACAUAUUACCUUUAAAGUCAUACUACUGAUGUUCUGCUUCUUGCUGGUCUGUUCAAGUUUGUACUGCUAUGAAACUGGAUGCUCCACAAAUAAGACAACAGCUGCAUAUGUGAUGCUUUUUGCAGCAAAGAAAAUGCAUAAGGAAACUUUUGAUGCCAAUCUAAAUCUCAAGGAUCCCCCCUUUCCUCCAGGCCCCUUCCACAUUCUACCUACCCCAUUAAACCCCACUUUCCCAAUCCUCUUCCCAAAACGCCCCUACCUCUCAGUCAGCGCUCCCCCACAGACCUCUCCCAGUCCUUCAGAGCCAAGCUUCUUCACUGACUUCUGGUCGUUCUUAAAAUAA